AUGGACUCUUCAAGGACAUCUUCCUACACACACACUUCUAUCGGGGCAUACUCGAUGCAGAACAAUCAUAGGGGUGUCAAGCAUCAGCGUGUUGUGACCGAACCUGCUGGUUCAGAUCGGUCUCAAGCUUCGUUGCGUCAGAAUUCUCAGCAAAAGCUGACAAGUCCUACCGCAAUUCAAACUAACUGUCCCGAAACCGAGUUACUACAGCCUUCAGAAGUCAGCGUGCGUCAGGAGGCAGCUAUCAACCCAUUUACCACUGUUCAACACCAGGAAUCACGCCAUGCACACGCGCCGACGGUAGACGGGCGGAGGAUGUAUGACGGCAAUUAUUCAGUGCCACGGCGGAAGCGUCGAAAGCCAAGUCCACCGCAGCUCCUCACACCUUGGUUUUUCCCACCUUCGUCUGCAAUGACCGAAGAUCAAGCACCGAGUCAGCUGCUGCAGGGGCAUACAGACUGUGAUGAGAACGAUAUGGACGUAAGACUCCUGCACCAACACGAAGAGAGCUCUACCUAUUGCUCAGUCCCUUCCAAGCAUAUUCUUCCGAGGAUAAAGAAAAGGAGCCAGCCAGUCUGGCCCGAAGUCUCCUAUCAAGACAUCUCAAGACCGGGUGUGUCGGAGAUCUCUAAAGCUCCUGAUACCUGGUUUCAAGGACCCUUCUUUGACUCCACGCCGACUCGGUCGCGAAGCAGAAGUGGAUCGCUACCGGAAUACUCCCUCUUCCCGGACGAAGAGGUGGAUGACGGUCCCGCUAUAACUCUACAGCGCACGAGAACGUCACAUAUGUCGUUCGAUUCUGGCAUAGCAGGCUUCAGUGAUGAUUUGAGAGAUGGGAAUACCAUUGAUUCCAAGGCCAAGGGGCACCUUGAGCCGCAAGUUGAGUCACAAUCUUCGAUCGAGUCACAUGUCUCCCCGAGAGACUAUCAAGUUCUACAGGAGAUGACACAAGCUUCACAGCUGAGAGGAGAGGAGGAGAAGAGGCAAGCGGAGGACAGGGAGGCAGCCGAGGACGAGAGUGAGACGGAAGAGGAGUCCGAGAAGAUGACAAAGAAGGCAGACAAGGACGACAUCACAGUCCCAUCGCCUCAGAUCAUCCAGCUGUACGGGCUAGUUCAGGAACUUUUUGCCCACGAUCCCUUCAAAAUGAUCAUUGCCUGCAUUUUCAUGAGACAGGCAACACCGGAGAGACGCACCAAGAAGCCUACAAAGGCAGCUCUGGAGAAGACUGCGAAGAAAACCGCAGACGCCAUCCGCGAGUUUUGGCGUUUCAUUGCAUUACAUCCCACGCCAGCUGAGGUGGCAAUUACGCCCUCUUACACUACCCUGGAACCCCCGAGACAGGGACGCGUUGUCUUACAUGGCCUCUGCGAGAUAUUCAAUCGUCUCGGCGACUGGCGUGGUGCCGAAACCAUCAUCGAUAUCAGCAAGAUGUGGCUACACAAAAUGCCAAUCAAAGGCCAGCGCUUCCAUAUUUCCCACGAGGAACACGACAUCAUUCUCGGCGACGACAAUGCCCCCAAGAAUCGGAGUGAUGCAUUCGAAAUCAGUCACCUCCCUGGCAUCAGUGCGUAUGAACUGGAUUGCUUCCGCAUAUUCUCUCGCGACAUAUUGCGUGGCAAAGCAACCAACUUCAACGGCGGCGGCGCGACUGACCCAUCAUUCCAGCCUGAAUGGACACGCGUUCUCCCUCGAGACGAGACACUCAAGGAGUUUGUAAAGUGGAUGUGGCUGAAAAAGGGGAUGUGCUGGAACAAGUCAACGGGGGUCAAGCGAGCACUCCGCGAGGAUGAGAUGGAGAAGACACGCGUUGCACUGGAGCAGCAAGAGAAGUCGAUCGAGAGCAGGACGGCGGAACUAGGAGGUCUCAUCAAGACCGUGGAAGUCGAGCUGUUGAACGAGUGGAAGAGCAGGGCAAACGCCGAGUGCGAAGAAGCACAAUCACUGAGAGAGAUGGAGUGUCCCGCCACUCUCGUCGUCGCCGCUUUCUGGCAAAACAACCCCGACGACGUGAGCGACGACUCGGAUAUCUCGGACAUGGACGACUUGGACGAUUGAAGAGACUUGGGCGAUGAUGGGAAGACCUGCCAUCACAGAAACUACGUGAUAGCCAUUCAGAAGACGGAGGCGGCAAGGCCAUACAAUCGGCUACGCUACGAUGCCGCAAGGAGCAGCUGCGAGGAGCCAGUGACGACACAGUCAAGAAUCAGGGAUGUACUUGAUGGGACGCUCCGGUGGCUGGAUAUGAGGCAUAUCAUGUGGGCAUUUCAGGGAGUCUAUACAGCUAUUCCGGCCAGCGCCAUCACGACUAUUCGGGGAUAUCAAGAGGCGUUGUGAUGGCCCCUGAACAGGGGUCUCGCAUUCUCGGUGGUUCUGGGAACUGGGAUGUCUCGUAAUUAAGCAUGGUCUGGAGUUAUACGGCCUUGAAUAGAUACAUGAUAGAGGCCUG